AUGCUGCCUCACAAGGCAAUACAGCUAGGUCACCCUUUGACUGUUGCGUCUACAAUUACCUCCGUGUCCAAGGUCGUCACCCGUCGCAGCUCACUCAUUAAGAUUCGCUGGCGCUCAACUCUUUCUAAAAUAUGGGUUCCCACUGGCGGCGUUUCAGCCGUUGAAGGAGAAACCGGUCAUGGAAAACUCAUUCGAGCCGGAUUCCUUCGCCAAACCCAAUCUGGUAUUUUUCAACUCCUCCCUCUGGGAUUACGGGUACAAAACAAAAUAGAGGCGCUUCUUGACAAACAUAUGGAAUCAAUUGGCGCAUCACGACUAUCUCUGUCAACAAUCACGUCAGAAGAACUAUGGCGACGCAGUGGCCGAUUAGAUCGAGUCUCUUCCGAGCUCUUCCGUUUGACAGACCGAAAGGAGGUUCCCAUCAUGCUGUCACCUACCCAUGAAGAAGAGAUCACAACACUUGUAGCAAGCACGCUAAACUCAUACAAAGACCUACCGCUGCGUCUCUAUCAGACUACUAGAAAGUACCGGGAUGAAAUGCGGCCCCGACAUGGACUCCUACGUUCCCGAGAAUUUACUAUGAAAGAUUUAUACACAUUUGAUACCUCGUUUGAAUCGGCUAUAAAUACCUACAAAGACGUAGCUGGCGCCUAUCGUGCUUUUUUCGCUGAGCUGAAGAUGCCGAUUCUCGUCGCCGAGGCAAGUUCAGGGGAUAUGGGAGGAGACUACAGUCAUGAAUAUCAUUUGGCUCAUCCCAUCGGAGAGGACAUCGUCAUGUCGUGUGACUCUUGCGACUAUACUGCUAAUGAUGAGGUCGCGACGGCAAGAUCACCCAAACAUUCUCAUCAACAGUCUACGGGACGGAAUAUCACGAAGGAUGACCUCGGCGUAUGGCGUGGUAUUACGAAAGAUCGCACAACACUCGUCAAUGCCUGGUAUCCCAUCAAGGGCAACAACGAGGUCGAAAGUGAGAUAAAUACACUUGCUGUGAAAGGCGCUGUUCCAGAGUUGGACACCAGUAUCAACGACCCUGUCCAAUCCUGGAGUGAUGCACUUGGUGAUGCAAAGAACUCACAACCUCAAAUCAUCAACGUGGUCGACUUCAGAUUGAACUCUGCCUUCGCUCAGCUGAAAGAAACUCUGCCCUUGAUGCCGGAUUCUGUUGAAAUUACCGAACUUGUAUCACAAUCUGACGUCACUAGCACACGAGAUGGAGAGCCGUUGAACCUGCUUCGACUUAUGGAAGGAGAUGGCUGUCCCCGAUGUGACACGGGGUCCUUACGUAUUCACCGAGCAUUGGAGCUGGGCCACACAUUUUACCUUGGCGCCCGCUACUCUAACCCGUUAGAGCUUUAUGUAACUCUCCCCAAGUCGAAGAAUCCAGUACCAGUCGAGAUGGGAUGCUACGGAAUUGGAGUUUCUCGAAUCUUUGGGGCAGUGGCUGAGCACAAAGCAGAUAGCCGUGGCCUCAACUGGCCGAGGGCGAUUGCCCCAUUCGAGAUUGCAGUUAUUCCAACAUCAGGAGUGAAUGAGCAAACUUUGGAGUUCCACGAUAAGCUUACUAGUUGGUCAAGUUCUGGACCCGGUUUCGAUGCAGUCUUGGACGACCGUAAGGAGACAUUUGGCUGGAAGAUGCGGGAUGCCGACAUGAUUGGUUAUCCCGUAACCGUUGUUCUCGGAAAGGCAUGGAGAGAAAAGGGAAUAUGCGAAGUACAAUGCAGGAGCUUGUCCUUGAAGGAAAACGUCACAGUUGAGGAUCUCCCAACAUAUGUGACCAAUCUCCUGUCCCAACUGUAA